GGCGCUCAGACCCAAGGCCGAGGCAGCUGGGCAGCCUGCCUGGGUCCUACGUAGGAAGGAGAUGUCACCAAGACAUCCUCCAGCCUGCUCUGGCCCUCUGCUCAUUAUGGGCUGCGGCCUUCACAGUGGGCAGUGAUGUGUGCUUGAUUCCAGAGGAUGCCAUGGGCCGAGUUUCUGCAGCUUGUCAGCUGCAUAGGACUCUUACGAGCCUUAGAGAGAGACCCGAGGGGUGGAAAUCUGUCAGUGCCUCUUUGCUUGCAGCUGGAAACACCUGGGGCUUAAGUGGUGCUUCAGGGACAACUGUACCAAAGGUGCUCUAGAAGGCUGUCCAAGAGCUCCUGAGCGUAGGUUGCCUGGCACACAUAAGUCAUGCAUAUUUAUUUGCCAGAAGAGCUGCUCAGCUAAAAGGCCAGCAGUGUUACCAGAUAUCUGCAGCAACCAAGACAUUUGUGUGUGUCCCGUGGCGGUGCCUGAUGGUGUCCGAGGACAAGGCAGAGGGAGCUCAGGGGCUCUGGAUGACUGCUUGAGGGAUCUGGGCCGCAUGUGGUAUUUUCUUCCGCCACGUGCAGUGAGCCAGACCCAGGAAGGCUCUAGAGGUGAAUAGCUGGCAGCCUGGUGUUCCCAGCAACAGUGUGGGAGUUUGAGCGUGGGUUACUCUACAGGACAGCAGGCCUGAUGGUGGCACAUGGGCUACAUCUGCCUCAAAGGGAAAAAGGCUCUUGGCUCCAGAGUUAGCAGGGCUCCUUGAGAGAGCUUUAAGUAGCAUUGGAAGUGGAAAAGGGAGUAAACCAGGCUGACGGGGAAGAUGCGUGAGCACUGCACAGCCAUGUUUGCGUGACAGUGGAGGAUGGAAGCAGUGCUGCCAUCAAAGGUCAUGAAACUGUAGCAGAAGUCAUGGGAAAAGCAGGUUUUUGCCACAAUUCUUUCAGACAAAAAUACUACCAAAGAAACACUCUUGAAUUUGGGCUUUUUACAGCAGCCUUCAUCCAGGUCUUCUUCUAGGGAAUUUCUGAGGAAUAAGACAUGAGUGCCUCUGCAUUCCCAUGCACAAUGCUGCCUCCAAAAUACUCCAGCCCUUCUCCAUUUGGCUCCUUCCAUUCCUGUGCAGAAUAAGGAAAUUCAGUAGAGGGGAGGUGCAGGAAUUCACAGGCAACGUGGGUGUACAUUGGGGCCUUCACAGCCAUCACUUUGUUAUGAGGUCACAGAGCUCUGUUUGAUGUCACGUUCCAGAGCCCCACUGUGCUCUUCAGUGCUUGCUCUGGGCAACACUGCAGCAGCAGCAGCAGCAGCAGCAGCAGCAGCAGCAGCAGCAGCAGAGUGUUGCUAGCAGGGGGGAUCAUGGUCCUGAGCCGCUACCUCCUGCUGCUCUUUCUCGUGGCCCUGCCAGCCCAGAAUGCCCAGAGUGCUCCAGCAGCUGGGCAGGGAGCAGUUGUGGACACAGAGAGUGCUCUUUCAGCCCCUGAGCGAGGGGCAGAUACCGUGCUGACUCCGAGCUGGUACCUCAAGCGGAUGAACGAUGACAAGGUUCCUGAAGAGUUCCCUGAAGGAUUGCCGGAUGUUCCAGAGGAGCUCCUGGCAGCCUUGCAUGAAGCCCCAUCUGAGACAGAUUCUGAGACUGUACCGGAGACCUUAGCUGUGGAAGAAAGUGACAUUGUGCCAGGCUCACAUGAAAAAAGAGAACCAAUAGAGGACACCAGGACACUUGCUGAGCCUGAGGAAUAUUCAGGGUCAUCCGGUGGGCAAAAAGCCGAGACUGCUGGACACUGUGACCCGAGCAAGUACUACAUCCUAGUAGGGACAGUAGCAGCCUCAGCUUUGCUUCUGCUUGGGGCAGUGUCUGGCUAUCUAGUCAUGCAUCAGCUGCUGAGGAGAGACAGGAGGAGCCAGGAGGACAAAGAGGCAACAGCACAGGACUGUGACUCUUCCUGGGAAAGCAGUGGUCAGCCUAGAGGUGAAGCAGAGUCAGGAGAAGGAGUGGGAAGCGGCGAGAGAGUCCAAGGCAACGGGUUCAGGGACAGCUGCCGCCUGUUUCCUGAGCUCUUUGCAGCAGAGCUCGCCCAGUUGUACAAGAACAUGAGCGCAGACCCGUCACCUCUGCCCACCUGCUCCUUCUGUGCUCUGGCUGACAAUGCCUCUUCACAGGACCACUGGAUUUCCCUGGAGUCACCUCAGCCCACAGCAUCCUCUUGCCCCUCCUACCAAUACCAGCAGGACUACUAUCUCUUAGAGGAUGAUGAUUAGUGAUAGUGAUAGAUGAUUAGUGAUAGUGAUAGCCAUAAAUAGUGAUAGUGGUAGUGAUUCUUUUAGUGAUAGUGAUAGGGACACUUGAUAUUAGAGGGUGGUGGUUGUUUUAAUGAUAGUGAUAGUUAAUAUUAGAGGAUAGUGAUGGUUUUAAUGAUAGCGUUAGUUAAUAUUAGGGGAUAGUGAUUGUUUCAAUGAUAGCGUUACUUGAUAUUAGAGGAGGGUGAUUGUAUUAGUGAUAGUGAUAGUCAUAAAUAGUGAUAGUGGUAGUGAUUCUUUUAGUGAUAGUGAUAGGGAUACUUGAUAUUAGAGGGUGGUGGUUGUUUUAAUGAUAGUGAUAGUUAAUAUUAGAGGAUAGUGAUUGUUUUAAUGAUAGCAUUAUUUGAUAUUAGAGGACAGUGAUUGUAUUAGCAAUAGUGAUAGUUAAUAUUGGAGGAUGGUGAUUUUUUUUGGUGAUAGUGGUACAUUUAGUGAUAGUGAUACUUGGUAUUAGCAGACAAUGAUUGUUUUCUUGAUCUUGAUAAAUAAAUAUUUUUCCAAAAGCAGUAAAUUCUUGCCUGGUGCGGCUGUUUCUGUUGGGGCAGAAUGCACAGAGCUGGGAGCAGGGCUGGGGCUGUGACAGGAGCUCUGAGAAACUUGCACUGCAGUGCAGGAGCUGCUUGUGCCACCUCAGCCUGCUUUCCCAGCAGUGGCCGUUCACAAAGCUUUCCUGCACCAGCACGGGGACACGCUGGCUAGCAGUGACAUGCAGAAACUUCUCUGGGAGCUCAUUUGGGAUGCUGCCCUGAAUCAGGAAGGUCUGGGCAGAGAGGGAAAGAUGUUCUGCAAGGGAUGGCUGUCCAGCAGUCAGCACAUCAAGGAGACCUGAGGUGGUGACUUAGGUCGUGGCAGUCCCUCCCCGAAGAGCUUCAAGAGAGGAGCAUCAAGGAGCAGAAAGCUGGAGCCGGGCUGUGUGAGAGAGGAAGGAAUGUCCUAUCAAUCACAGGAGCCUUCUUAAAAAUUAGAUGGAUAACAGCGACUAUAAUUAUAAUAAAAAUUACAGUCUUGUCGCACGCAGUAUGGGAAAAAAGCCCAGAGCUGGAAUAGAACAGAGAACUUUUGUGGAGGAUUUUGUGAACAGCUAGCUAGUUGACAAAGGUCACACUGAUAUAAUACCCUUAAUUAAGCAAGAAGGAGAUGAGGAUAGGAGUCAGCAGUCAGUGUCCAAACCUGGCAAGGGCAUUGUGCCCUUGGUGCAACAUCAGGAUGGGGGAGAGGAUGGUUAGUUAGAAAUAUGAAGAAAAUAUGUGGACAGCUGCAACAUAGUAGCCACAAGAAUGCUAAGGUAGGCGUAGUU